AUCUUGUUCGCGCGUCUCGCGAGCAUUAGGUGACUGGCUGAGGCGGCGCCAGUUAGCCGGGCACGGGGCUGCUGUAAGACCGAGGUUGCGGCGGAAGCAGAGACCAUGUUCCGAGCGGCGGCUCCGGGGCAGCUCUGGCGGGCGGCCUCAUUGCUACGAUUUCAGAGUACCCUGGUAAUAGCUGAGCAUGCAAAUGAUUCCCUAGCACCCAUUACUUUAAAUACCAUUACUGCAGCCACACGCCUUGGAGGUGAAGUGUCCUGCUUAGUAGCUGGAACCAAAUGUGACAAGGUGGCACAAGAUCUCUGUAAAGUAGCAGGCAUAGCAAAAGUUCUGGUGGCUCAGCAUGAUGUGUACAGAGGCCUACUUCCAGAGGAACUGACACCAUUGAUUUUGGCAACUCAGAAGCAGUUCAAUUACACACACAUCUGUGCUGGAGCAUCUGCCUUUGGAAAGAACCUUUUGCCCAGAGUAGCAGCCAAACUUGAGGUUGCCCCGAUUUCUGACAUCAUUGCAAUCAAGUCACCUGACACAUUUGUGAGAACUAUUUAUGCAGGAAAUGCUCUAUGUACCGUGAAGUGUGAUGAGAAAGUGAAAGUGUUUUCUGUCCGUGGAACAUCCUUUGAAGCUGCAGCAACAAGUGGCGGUAGUGCCAAUUCAGAAAAGGCAUCAAGUACUUCACCAGUGGAAAUAUCAGAGUGGCUUGACCAGAAAUUAACAAAAAGUGAUCGACCGGAGCUAACAGGUGCCAAAGUGGUGGUAUCUGGUGGUCGAGGCUUGAAGAGUGGAGAGAACUUUAAGUUGUUAUAUGACUUGGCAGAUCAACUACAUGCUGCAGUUGGUGCUUCCCGUGCUGCUGUUGAUGCUGGCUUUGUUCCCAAUGACAUGCAAGUUGGACAGACAGGAAAAAUAGUAGCACCAGAACUUUAUAUUGCUGUUGGAAUAUCUGGAGCCAUCCAACAUUUAGCUGGGAUGAAAGACAGCAAGACAAUUGUGGCUAUUAAUAAAGACCCAGAAGCUCCAAUUUUCCAAGUGGCAGAUUAUGGAAUAGUUGCAGAUUUAUUUAAGGUAGUUCCUGAAAUGACUGAGAUAUUGAAGAAAAAAUGAAUCAGGAUCAUGCCUUAAAAAGAAAACUGAUGUUAAAGUAUUCCACUGAAAUCACAGAUAUUUGUGGGUACUAUAACAAUCGUUGGAAAGCAUGGAGAGCUACAUUUCAUAAUUUGAGGGAAAAUUUCUAACAGAUGCCAGAAUGCUUGUUUAUGGGAUUACUAUGUUUCCUUUUAAUUAUCUGUGGUUCCAAACAAUUAUUUUUUGAAAUUUUUAAAUUCUGUAAUAAAAUCUAUAAUAAAGCUUUUCCACAGCUUUAAAACUAUCAGAAA